AGGCAGGCCUGUCCAGUAAGAAGGAGAGAAAGAGGGAGGGAAAAGAGGAAGAGAGAGAGAGGAGGGAGGGGAAGCAAAGGAGUGUGAAGAGCAGAGAAGAGUAAAGACUCUAACUUUUGACUUGACAAAAGAGGGCAGGUCCCAGAAACAGGACGAUGAAGGCUGGCGUUGGAGUUGUCUCCUCAUUGCUCCUGUUCCUCUUGAUGGGAGCAGUUUUUGCCCAGAGAGUUCGUCCAAGAAAGCCAUCCAAAGGUCCACCUCCAACAAAGAAACCUUUUGUUCCCAAGCGUGUGAUUCCAGCCGAGCCUGAACCCCAGGAGCCCACUGAUUACCCCCCACCCAUCCUCGGCCCUCCGUCCCCCUACUCUGACUGCCCUCGGGAGUGUUUGUGCCAUCCUAGCUACCCAAAUUCUCUAUACUGUGAGAACCGAAACCUCCGUGUGGUCCCUGUCAUCCCAUUCAGAACUCAUUACCUGUACCUACAGAACAACUACAUCUCUGAACUCACUGCAGAGGCUUUCAACAAUGCCACAGAGCUCCGCUGGAUCAAUCUGGCAAACAACCAUAUUCAGAAAAUAGACAAACAGGUCUUUAAGAAGAUCCCAGGUCUGCUGUAUUUCUAUGCACAAAGAAACAAGCUAAAUGAAGUCCCAUCAGGCCUCCCAUCAAGUCUGGAACAACUUCGCCUGGACAGGAAUCGCAUUUCUAAGAUCCCUGCAGGGGCCUUCAGCAAGCUGCACAACCUGACCCUGCUCGACCUGCACUACAACCAGUUAAGCGACAGCGAUCUGGGAAAGAACACACUGAAGGACCUGCAGAGCCUCAUGCAGCUCAACCUGGCUCACAACACUCUGAGGAAGAUGCCCGCCGGCAUCCCUCACAGCCUCCAUCAGCUGUUCCUGGACAAGAACAGAAUAGAUGAUAUACCAGAGGACUACUUCAAAGGCUUCACCCAUCUGGCAUUUGUGAGGCUAAACUACAACCAGCUGAGUGAUAAAGGGGUUCCCAAAGCUGUGUUCAACAUGAGCAGCCUGCUGGACCUGCAGCUGGCUCACAACCAGCUGACAGUGGUCCCUCUCUUCAAUAAUCGCCUGGAGCACCUGCAUCUCAACCACAACAGCAUUGAGAGCAUCAACGGCACUGAGAUCUGCCCAUUUAGCAUGUCGGCCGACCACAACGACGACAGUCUGGUGCCCCGACUAAGGUACCUGCGUCUGGAUGGGAACCAUUUGCACCCCCCUAUCCCCAUGGAUGUCAUCAUGUGUUUCAGACACCUUCACUCAAUUGUCAUGUAGGCUGUUGGCAAGCUUUCUCAAACAAAAAACAAACAAACAAACGAACGGCAGUGGUUCACGAAGGGGAAUCGAGAUAAAAACACGCUCAGCGAGGUACAAAGUUUCAGGCUUGAAUGAGCUGCGCAGCUGCAUUACUGGAAUAGGAACUCUGCUCAGCUGCAAAGCUUCAAGUUAAGUAUUUAAAUGA